GGUAGUGACAUCUUUUUGAAUAACAUCACCAGAUGUGCGUUCAUACAUGUACAUUGUUAACAUCUAUGUAUAGUGCAUUCAGUAUACAUUGUUAUGGCUAAUUCUAGAAGUGAAAAUGCUCCAGAAAACUUUUUAAUUUCUUCAUCCAAUGACAUCAGUCACUUCUCCAAUCAUCUGAAAUGCCAACUGUGUAUGUUACCAAAACAAUCGUUUCAUUGCGCGGCCUGUAUCACUACUGGCAAUUUCAUACAUUCCAAUAAUCCCCACGAACGGUUCGCCGAGAAGCAGCUGAACUACUUGAACAUUAAAUCGUCUCACAAAGCACUGGACACAAGAUGUAGCCAAUUGUUGCACAAUCGAAUCAUCGCAGAAAAUCUUAGCACUCAAAUCAAACGGAAAAAGGAACGAAUCUUCUAUCUGCAUCGACUGUUGGAGGAACGCAGGGCCAAGCUAAAGGUGAGCAAAGAAUUCAGAUCGGAAAUAACAAAGAAGAAUGGCGAAACAAAGAACAAAAUUCCGCACUACGAACACAAUGUCAACGAUUUGAUCGAUUUUGUGGAGAAACGUAACGAAAAGAACGAACAGCUGGACAAAGACCGUACACGAUUGCAGCAAGAAUUGAAACUGCGCGUCAUUCACAACAUCAAUCUGCUGAUCAAGUACAUCUUUCCCAUAUCGGAGACCAUUUCGAAAUCGACCAAUGUUUCCGAAUCGUCUCGAACGCCCGACAUGGUCGCCCUGGCUGAAGCCACACAUACGGCAUAUGUGAAGGGUAAAUGGGUGCUGCAGGACAGUCAAAAUGAACGGCAAUACAUUAUCGUUGCGCCGUCGUUGCCUGGAAACGGUGACUAUUCGGCGUACAUUGAGUGGAUGGACAAGCAUAAAGACGGUGUGCCGAGUACUGGAGCGAAUGAGACGCUGUCCAGUACGAACAAUGCGUAUCGAAUCAGUGCUGCGCUCACAUACACCGCUCAGUUUGUGCAUCUAUUGAGCUACUAUUUGGAUGUGCGGCUACCUUACAACGUUUUCUAUGCCGAUUUUUGCAAGAAAGAAUUGUCCGAACAAAUAUUUCCGCGAAAGGUGGCCCGCCUAAAUGCCAACAUACUUUAUCUGUGUUACACGCAACGAGUGAAAUUAAAUAGUUUAUGUCCAACGCACACACUAGAAAAUAUUCAGCGAUUAUUAAGUCCAGAGUACAGUGACCUCGGCAGAAUUGGUGCUGUUGAUGUUUCGGAUGGUUUUCGUGACAUUGAUUCGCAAUUACUGCAGGAUCUAUUGACGGGCGGCGAUGACAAAUCUGACGAUGAAAAUUCAUUCCAAAACGAAUGGGAAGCGAUUCAACACUAUCCGCAACUGGAAUCGUCUAUAAUUCCACUACAAAUUCAAAACUCUCAGCAAAUAACGAGCAUGGCCGGUGGUAUUAUGAACAAUGCCGUUGCGUCAGUGUCUUCGUUGUGGCGAUGGACUACCGGAAGAUGAGAAAAAUGUGUCGAUCUCUUUGCAAUUUUUUUUUACGAGAAA